UUCCUAAAUGGAGAUCUUGAUGAGGAAAUCUACAUGGAACAACCAGAAGGCUACGUGCUUCCUGGAAAUGAACAAAAGGUAUGCAAACUUGUUAGAAACAAAGAGAUUUCUAACUUCCACAUUCAAGAUGAAAGAUCUUGGGCUAGUUGA